AUGACACUUAAAUUCAACUUGGAAGACCUUCGGAGGUUCCUGCGGAUACCGCAAGGCAAGUGCGGCUUCUAUUCAACGGACACAAUACAUAGUUACAUAUCCGAAGAAUCAAACGAACCGUUGAACCAGCUGGCCUGGACUGUCAAUUCGGCAAACGGCCCGCUAAAGUACAUACGGGAAGGUGAUCAUCCAAGUCGUCGUGGCGUUAGACGACUGCCUUUGGAUGGUGCAUCAGGAAAGCUUCCGCUUGAAGUCGCCGAGAACCUCCUUUCCUCAGACGAAAAGUAUGCAGGACCAAUAUCCUGGCGUCGUUUCCGAGAAAGAGAAUCCUGGUGGGAGCAAAUCCAUGUCCAGGCCAUGAGACAAAAUAAGGAACAGACCGAUCCGACGUUAUGUCGUAUGUGCCAAAAGAUGAGGAUUGUGAGGAACGGCCACUUCACCGACGACAUCUCGACAUCGUACCGACCAUUCGGGACUUGGGCACAGUUAUUAUGCAGAUCGAAAUGCAUGAUAUGCCGUCUUAUUGUGUUCUCUCUAUCGGGCGGUUCGGUCCCGCUACGACUUCAUCCCUUUCUUGCCAAGGUUGACCCGGAACUUCAAGGCGUACAGGUUAUUCCAAUUAUCUUACCUUCCGGCGAGACUUGCAUGGCUAUUGAAUACUCAUUGAGAAGAAUUGGUAUCUUGCGAAUUGUCACCCAGGAAAACUUCCGGGAAACCAUUCGACAAGUGUUUCAAUUCUCGGGAACAUCCGCAAGAGAGGUUCUCGAGUGUCAGGACAGCCCAUUCCGCGACCAGACCGAUCAAACAAUCUCGAUUGACCAAAUCAAAAUUUGGAUCAAUGUAUGCGAGCGAGAGCAUGGCGAGACAUGUGAUUCGCUUACAUUGAGCAGCAGCAGCGCCGAAAUAGAGUAUCCAAUCCUCCUCAUCGAUGUCAACCUGCGAUGUUUGGUUCGGUCAACAACGGCCUCGCGGUAUUUAGCUCUCAGUUACGUCUGGGGUCAGGUUGAAACUUCAGAGACAAUGAGAGGCAAUCUGGAAUCUCGAUUGAAGCUUUCUGGCCUGCCCCCUACGUUAUCUCAAACCAUCGAGGACGCAAUUAUGUUGACGAUGAAGAUGCAAGAAAAGUAUCUCUGGGUGGACGCAUUGUGUAUUGUUCAAGACGACAUCAAUACAAAGCAUUCCAACAUUCAAAGCAUGGACAAAGUCUACAGUAACGCGCUCGCAACAAUAGUUUGUCUGCAUGGCAAAGAUGCAAAUGCGGGAUUGCCUGGUGUACGACCAGGGUCUCGGAAACCUCAGAACAUCGAAACAAGGCAUUCAAGCAAGGAACCGUUCCAGCCAGAUCCAGCUUGGAUUCGGGAGUAUGAUGGAUUGGCAAGGAGUGACAAGCAAAAGCAUGAGUUGCUCACUGUCUGUCGAACCAUAUCCACUGAAAUGGAAAAUUGGUUUUCCGCGUCGGAUUAUCGUAUCCCCAAACAAUCAGAAGACUCGAGAGGACCCAAUAAUACUUUAGAGCACAAAGCGGUGCCAGACAAGCCGCCUUCGCAAGGUAUCCUUGCUGUGGUCUCACACCCACCUCCUUUGAAAUACGCUCUAGAGACCUCAGUUUGGCAUAAUAGGGGUUGGACAUUCCAAGAAAGGCUCCUUUCCAGGCGUGGCAUCUAUUUCAGCUCCGACUAUGUCUAUUUCCAGUGUUGGAAGCAUACCCAAUGCGAGACUGGAGGAAAUAUUGUUACUUGGUCCGACAUCACGACUAGUCCCGAGUCAGGAAACGCAACUGAGUUGAUAAGAUCACGAGAGACAAACCCUCUUCUCCAUUUCAGGUUUCCUCCCCCCCAAAAUCCUAUCGAAUUUCGACCCCAGGAGAAUCUGAGCGUAUUUGAAGACAUGGGAAUCCUAGCAAAGCAAGAUUUUGACGUCUACAAAGAUGUAAUAGAGAUGUAUACGAAGAAAAAGCUCUCAUUUUCGGCUGACAUCCUAAACGCGUUGGCAGGUAUUUUGGCAGUGAUUCAAGAUCGAGUUGGGGGUCAACUGAUUGUUGGCUGCCCUACGAGGUAUCUUGACCUCAGUUUCCUGUGGGCCCCGACGGAGCCUGCAGAUAGGCGGACAGCGGUGGGUGCCGGAGGCAGUAUGUUCCCAAGCUGGUCUUGGGCUGGCUGGACUGGAGCCAAGCAGUACGUCAUUAUGGAGGACGGAAAAAGGACGUAUCGAUCACUGCACCACGAAUAUGCCAGGAGUGAAAUACGAGAAUUCUCCCUUCAUCAUCAAGGCACUAUCCUGCACAUUCAUAAAAGUACUGAGGAAACAGGAGCCACUGAACCGCGGAAUCUUGGAUCGUCAACAACGCCUCAAGAAGAGAUAUUCCCAAAAUACGUUCCAUAUUCUGAUUGCUUCCUUCAUGGCGUCUCGGGGCCUGAUUUUGGUCCUAACGUUCUCCAGUUCUGGACCGAAGCGGUGGACGCCAAAUGCUUCUCAGUAGGACAAGUCACAGGGCCAUCGCUUACCGACAAUGAACACGCCAACAUUACUACCAAACAGACUGUGUCCAAGUUAUUUGACUCCAAGAACCGAUACUGUGGCUUUAUUUUCAAGCAAACGGCAAAAAGGAGGCGCCGACAGAAGCGGAACGGCAAUCUUCAGUUCAUUCUGAUUUCAAGCUUCGGCGAGUCGAGAGAUAGAAGGUCUGGGUUCCAGACAACAGAUACUAGAUUGCGUCCCUUUGAUGAGGGGCAGUUUCCGUGGAAGGGAAAAGGAAGUGGCCUAGUGAAUUUGAUGUUGAUUGAAUGGUUCGACGAAGUCGCGGAAAGAAUAUCGGUGGCGCGAAUCCAUCGACAAGCUUGGAUCGAAGCAAGGCCCAUGACAAGACACAUCAGACUAGCAUAG